AUGGAGGAAGAUGGCCACCAGAACGUUGACCCUAAUGUUAAAGACGACACGUACACAGCUCUUGACACUGUGUCCAGGUCCUCUGAUGAUGUGUACAACACACCUGCAUGUGGAGAGACCCACAGUGGACCUGUGUCAGGUCAUCUGAGGACUAACCCUGUGGUGCACCGCCCACCCAAAUCCAUUAAGGGCCCACGGUGGACCAGCUGGUGUGGACCCAGUGUGGAGAGACCCACAGUGGGCCUGUGGCCCACUGUGGACCAGCUGGUGUGGACCCAGUGUGGAGAGACCCACAGUCGGCCUGUGUCAGGUUAUCUGUGGACUAGCCCUGUGGUGCACCGCUCACCCAAAUCCAUUAAGGGCCCGCAGUGGACCAGCUGGUGUGGACCCAGUGUGGAGAGACCCACAGUGGGCCUGUGUCAGGUCAUCUGUCGACUAGCCCUGUGGUGCACCGCCCAACCAAAUCCAUUAAGGGCUCGCUGUGGACCAGCUGGUGUGGACCCAGUGUGGAGAGACCCACAGUGGGCCUGUGUCAGUGAGAAUUUACACAUUUCUGUGUUUUGUGUUGCAGGAGUUGUUGCUCAGGAUGGAUGGGAUGUGUAUUACUACAAAUCUACAUCUAUCUGUGCUCUAAAGGGGUCUACAGUGACCAUGAGGUGCAUUUACACAUAUCCAAGAGGUCUCACUGUCCUAAAAGCUUUCUGGACCAAACAGUGGGGUCGAGGUUCAGAGGCUCCUGAUCUGUCAGAUGAUCCAGAGUACAGAGGCAGAGUUCAGUAUAUCGGAAAUAAAAAACACGACUGCACUCUCAGACUGAGGGAUGUGAGAGAAACUGAUCAAAGUAAAUACUACUUCAGAUUUGUAACAGACCAACCUGGAGGAAAGUAUCAUGGUGCAGUUGGAGUUGAUCUUUCAGUCACAGAUCUCCAGGUGGAGGUUCCUGAGAGAGUGAUAGAGGGAGAUAAAGUCACUCUCACAUGUAAAACCACCUUCAGUCUGACAGUCAGACCAAAAUUCACCUGGUACAGAAAUGGACAUCCUUUAUCCUCUAAUACUGACCAGCUCCACCUGCAGCCGGUCAGCAGGGAGGAUGCAGGCAGGUAUCGCUGUGCUGUACUGGGUCUUCGCUCUCCUGAGGUCACUCUUAAUGUGAAAUAUCUCCAGGUGGAGGUUCCUGAGAGAGUGAUAGAGGGAGAUAAAGUCACUCUCACAUGUAAAACCAGCUUCAGACUGUCUUACAGACCAACAUUCACCUGGUACAGAAAUGGACGUUAUUCAUCCUCCAAUACUGACCAGCUCCACCUGCAGCCGGUCAGCAGGGAGGAUGCAAGCAGGUAUCGCUGUGCUGUACUGGGUCUUCGCUCUCCUGUGGUCACUCUUAAUGUGAGAUUGUUGAGCGCGUAUGUUAGGAGAGGCAGCAUGGAGAAACAGAAGCGGCAGAACGGGGGAGCGGAGAAGUUACGUGCAAAGAAAUUGAAGAGUCUCACUGUAGAUGCUGCAAAAUGUGUAAAAAUCACAGACGUGUUCGCUGCUGUAGCCACCACGUUCUCUAGACCAUCACCUACCUUAACUGUAUGGUUCAAAGAGCAUCUCAGUGUCUCCUCUGGUGAAAUUGUGGAGGGCAGGUCAGUGACUCUGACCUGCAGCAGUGAUGCAAACUCACCUGUGCAGAACUACACCUGGUUUAAAGGAACAUCAAGAGUAGGAAAAGGAGAAACUUACACAAUGAAGGAGAUCAGCUCUGUGGACAGUGGAGAAUACAAGUGCAGGUCCAGUAAUGAACAUGGAGAGAAACUCUCUGAAGCUCUAACUCUGAAUGUUUUGUAUCCUCCAAAGAGCGUCUCAGUGUCCAUCAGUCCCACUGGUGUAAUAGUGGAAGGCAGGUCACUGACUCUGACCUGCAGCAGUGAUGCAAAUCCACCUGUGCAGAACUACACCUGGUUUAAAGAAGGGGGAAGCUCACCUGUAGGAUCUGGACACAGUUACAGGGCUCCACAGAGAGGAUCCUACUACUGUGAGGCUCAGAAUGAACACAGAUCUCAGAAAUCAGCUGCAGUGACUAUAAAAGGGGUCUGGAAUUCAGCUCUAUAUGCAGUUAUUGGAGUCACAGCUGGAUGUGGAUGUUUAUCUGUUAUCAUUGCUGUAUUUUGUGUAAGGAGAAAGAGAAGAGGCAGUUCAGCUGAUGAUAAAAACCAGACACAGAACGUUGACCCUAAUGCUAAGGAGAACACAUACACACCUCUUGACCCCGUGUCCAGGUCCUCUGAUGAUGUGUACAACACACUUGCAACUGUCAGAAACAAACUCUGAAACCGUCACCAUGGAAACCACCCAAACUGAAGUGAACCACCCAUCGAAAUCAGAUGAGCUAGAGAGAGAUAGAGAGAGAGAUAGAGAGAGAGAG